AUGGAUGAUUUCAUGAAUAUUUUCCGAAUUUAUCAUACAGUAACCUCGUUAUUCGGCUGUUUUGCAAACUCACUUCUAAUUUAUGUGGCACUUACAAAAACUCCAAAAACAAUUCGAACAUAUUCUUUCAUAGUUAUCAACGUGGCAAUCACUGAUUUCAUGAUUUGUGUUUUUAAUUUCACUUUAAUGCAAAGACCAAUCGCCAAAGGAAUCCAAAUAAUCUAUAUUUCGUAUGGUCCAUGUUCAUAUUUUUCAUCCGAUUUGUGUUUUGCGAAUUAUCUUUUUAUGCUUCAUGUUUAUACACAUUCAAUUUGGCUCCUUUUCGUCUCAUUUGCAUACCGAUUUUAUGUUUUUCAGAAUUCUGAACCGAAAUUAUGGAUUGUUCAAUCAAUAAUUAUUAUUCUUUAUAUCCCAUCAAUUCUCCAACUUUCUAUUAUUUUUUCAGAACAUGGAAAUGAGCAAAGAGCUCAAAAAUUACUAUUAGAAUGGUAUCCGAAUUAUAAAAUCGGUAAUUUAACUCUUUCAAUGGUGGAAUCAAUAUUUAAUGGUUAUGCUUUAUAUUCUGUUGUGAAUGUUUGCGUAAUUACUAUUCCUAUAACUAUAGGAAUAUUUAUUUUGAGAAAUCGAAUUUUGAAGAAAAUCUUCAAAUUUGAAUUAAAUGCUCAAUCAAAAGUUUUGCAACUGCAACUUUUAAAAGCUCUAACUUUUCAAGCUUGCAUUCCAGUUUUCUAUGUUUUUGGAGUCCUCUGUUAUUUUUCUCAAAUCUUUUCACUUGUUCAAAAUGUCAUCCCUCAAUAUUCCAUGUUUUGUUUAUUCAUAUUUGUUCCAACUCUCAAUCCGAUUUCGAAUUUUGUUUUUAUUGCACCGUAUCGAAGAUAUAUUCUUUCAUUGAUUGGGAAAAAUCAGAAUGUUGUGCCAAAUUUGAUUUUCACAUCGACGACCGCGAGAACAACUAUACAAUCAUAA